AUUGGUUCGAACAGCUGUGGUCACAUUGCAUGAUUCCGCUAUUCUGAUUGGCGUAGGAUUUUCUUCCAAUUGAAAUGUCCAAUCACGGCACGGUUUGCGAGAGUGGCUUUAUUUGAGUUCACCUUCUCACUUGUCCGGACACGUGAGCAUCCUAGGAGAAGGUUAUUUUGUCGCCAGGUAUAAUUUCUAAAUGAUCCAUGGGGACUCGCAUCCCAUGGUGCAACGUGAAACGGGAGUCCUAGCCUGCCGACCGAAGCUGUCAACAGAAAACCUACACCACCACCACCAGUCUUUGCAUCCAUCAUCAGCCAAAACAUUCAGAAGGGCUGCUUCCAGAUGUCUCUGCUAGAAGAUAUAUUUGAUCUGUUGCAAAAUGUCCUUGAGUAUUUCGGAGUCUCUCCUGACAUGUUAAUUCCAGUGUGGGAGAGCCAGUUGUGCGGUCAGUACCGUAGCCUGGUGCGGAUGAUGACCAACCUCCCAUUGACCCCGUCUCCACGUAUCCACUUCCAGAUUCCUCUACACACCUCCCGACAGCACAGAUACCUGGACGUCACCAUGGAUACCCUCCCCGCUAUCCCCUCCUUGGCUGACGUGCUGUGGGUGGCGGAGGAUGAGGGAGAACGCUUCACCAAGAUCAGGCACCGUGAGCGUCCGUCCCGACAGGGUGCUGUGAGUCGGGGCGACGAGGUGGUGCUGGCCCCUCCACGUCCAGGGGACCCAGGGUUGGCAGCGGUCCGAGCCCAGCCAGGAGACAUGAUGCUGGGGCACAGAUCAGACCCAGUGGCUCUGCGGAAGAUCACAGCCCUGGAGGACGAGCUGCUCAAACUACGAGCUCAGAUUGCCAUGAUUGUCACCGCUCCACCCUCAGCCCAUUCCCAGAACCUUCCAGGUACUGGAAUGUCCCCUGCCUCUGUCCUCACCUCCACCCCUUGUCGCCCUCCACCUCCUCCCUGUCCUCCUCCACCUCCUCCCUGUCCUCCUCCACCCAGCUCCUCUGUUGGUCUGUCUGCGGUGGAGAAUCUAAUCCAGCAGGGCAGGGAGGCCGGUAAAGGUCAUGCGGUAGGACAGGGCCCGGUCCCCACCAUGCUGGAUGUACUGAAUGAACUGAACCAGGUGAAACUGCGCUCCGUGCAGAGGUCGCCCGGGGGAACGCCGGUGCGGAGGAGGCGGAGCAAGGGCGCGGCGUUGCUAAGCGACCCGGCCUCCAUGAUUGCCGAGGCCCUGAGGAGGAAGUUCGCCCACCGUCGCCUCGACGACUCGUACGACAAAGAGAACCGCUCGGUAGAGCUCUCGCCGUUCGGCAGCCCCGAUACAUCGCCCUGUAUCCCCCAGCAGUCCAAGCGCAGCCAGGGACGACUCCACCUGUGACCUCUGACCUCCAAGGUCAACUAAACCAGCAGCCAACCGGGAACACCGAUGCCUCCCCGCCGACUACUAUGGCAACUGCUGACUGAGUGUGCGUCCCAAUAAUACCUCCUUUCUCUCGAAGUGUACACUUGUUCGCUACUUUUAGAUUAGGGAAGUGAACAAUUUAGGAGGAAGGAGAGAUCAUUGGGAUACAGCCCAGGUCUGUUCAUUUUAUUUGUUUGUUCGUCCAUUUGUCACCGUGUUCUGUUGUUCUAUGAUGCGUCCCAUCAGGUAUUGUUUAUAUAAAGGGACCAUUGAUAUUGA